AAUUCUUCAGCCCUCAACAUGGGUCUGAACAGUAUUCAACCAAUGGAAAUAAGCCGUCCAGGUCUAAACGGCGUACAAACGGCAGAGCUAGGCCAACCAGGGGCAGAAAUCAUCAAGAAACCCUACGUUCCGCCGCAGCCAGUGUCAUGCGGUCAAAAAGUCAAGCGAUGGUUCAAGAAGUACUUUCUAGAAGGUCAACAUUUGGAAGAGGAUGCUGAGGAAGAGCUACACAAUCUGCCAGAAAAUCCAACAUGGCACGAUUUGAUUUUUAUCAAGUACCGUAAAUUUGUCGCGAUGCUUAUCCCCUUCGUUUUAAUGCAGGUAAGAAAACCAGCGACGGUGGUAAGGGUGGUCAAUCAAUAA